AUGGUUGUAGAAGCUGGUGACUAUUACAUGGUUAAAAAACUCUUAGAGGAAAACAGCUCAGGUGAAAUGAACAUAAAUUGUGUGGAUGUGCUUGGACGAAAUGCUGUUACCAUAACCAUUGAAAAUGAAAACUUGGACAUACUGCAGCUUCUUUUGGAUUACGGCUGCCAGUCGUCAGAUGCACUUUUGGUGGCUAUUGACUCGGAAGUGGUUGGAGCUGUUGACAUUCUACUUAAUCACCGACCAAAAAGAUCCUCCAGACCAACCAUUGUAAAACUAAUGGAACGCAUUCAAAAUCCAGAGUACUCAACGACCAUGGAUGUGGCCCCUGUCAUUUUAGCUGCUCAUCGUAACAACUAUGAAAUUCUCACCAUGCUGUUAAAGCAAGACAUAUCUUUACCCAAACCUCAUGCUGUAGGCUGUGAGUGCACACUGUGUACUGCAAAGAACAAAAAAGAUAGUCUACGACAUUCCCGGUUUCGUCUUGACAUUUAUCGGUGUUUGGCCAGUCCUGCUUUAAUAAUGUUGACAGAAGAGGAUCCGAUCCUGCGAGCUUUUGAACUUAGUGCAGACUUAAAAGAAUUAAGUCUUGUUGAGGUUGAAUUCAGAAAUGAUUAUGAGGAGCUAGCUCAACAGUGCAAAACCUUUGCUAAAGAUUUGCUUGCACAAGCACGGAAUUCACGAGAGCUGGAAGUUAUUCUGAAUCACACAUCUAGCGAUGAACAUGUAGACAAGCGAGGAUUGUUGGAAGAGAGGAUGAACUUAAGCCGCUUAAAACUUGCAAUCAAGUAUAAUCAAAAAGAGUUUGUUGCUCAGUCUAACUGCCAGCAGUUUCUAAACACUGUAUGGUUUGGACAGAUGGCAGGCUAUCGACGCAAGCACACAUGCAAGAAAAUUUUGACUGUUUUGACGGUUGGCAUUUUCUGGCCAGUUCUGUCCCUUUGUUACUUGUUAGCCCCUAAAUCUCGAGUAGGUCGAAUAAUUCACACUCCUUUUAUGAAGUUUAUUAUUCAUGGAGCUUCAUAUUUCACGUUUCUGUUAUUACUUAAUUUGUACUCCCUUGUCUACAAUGAGAAUAAGAAGAAUACAAUGGGACCAGCCCUUGAGAGAAUAGACUAUCUUCUGAUAAUAUGGCUAAUUGGAAUGGUGUGGUCAGAUGUUAAAAGACUCUGGUAUGAUGGUUUAGAAGACUUUUUAGAAGAAUCCCGUAAUCAGCUUAGUUUUGUCAUGAAUUCCCUGUAUUUGGCAACUUUUGCUCUCAAAGUCGUUGCCCAUAACAAGUUUCAUGAUUAUGCUGAAAGGAAGGACUGGGAUGCAUUCCAUCCUACCCUAGUGGCAGAAGGUCUUUUUGCUUUUGCUAAUGUUCUUAGUUAUCUGCGUCUCUUCUUCAUGUACACAACCAGCUCUAUUCUGGGACCACUCCAGGUGAAUAUCAUUACUGCUUGA